AUUCUUCAUUUUAUUCCAGCAAGUAUCGCAGCCGGUUUGCUUUACAUCUCCGCAGAAAAUUAACUGUUUGUUUUGUUCCUGAAUAUAAAAAAUGAUGUUGAUAUAACGGAAUUUUGUGCAGUUAAAUUUCGAAACCGGUGUGGUAGGAGUGUGAUAUUUUAUCACUAAUCUGUGAAGAUAAGGACACGAUCGGGCGUUCUCAAUCUCAGUGCAGAUUAGUUCGUCAGGAGAGAAUCAUUUUAUCUCGGAUAAAUAUGAGAGAAUAUCAUAACUAACAAGCUAUAGAUCGAAAAAGCUCGUGUUUUAAUUAAUUUCAAUUUAAUACACGUGCUUGGAAACUUUUAAUUAUGGAAACCUCAGUUAUGGCGGGAUUUGUUCCGGAAUAUAUUUGGAAUUUCGUUGGAGAAUUGGACGAACACCCGUGGCUAUUUUCAGCUUUAGCUUCGAUUUUAGUUGGUUUAAGUGGUAUUCUGCCUUUGCUGAUCAUACCAAUCGAUGAAACUGCGACGUUUAAAGACGGAGCUGGUGCUGCAACCUUGAGGAUAUUGCUGAGCUUCGCGGUGGGCGGUCUACUCGGCGAUGUCUUCUUACAUCUGUUACCUGAAGCCUGGCAACAUGAUUUGGCCAAUACUAAAGAAGGCGAACAUGUAUCUAUGAAAUGUGGGCUUUGGUGUUUAUUCGGUAUGCUGGUGUUCAUCGUGGUGGAGAAGCUGUUCGCUGCUGCGGAAGCUCACGAAGAAGAAGAAGAGAAACCUAACGGACCCAUCAAGCAGAUAGAGAUUGAAGAGAUAGAGAAGUUAUUGGUAGCGGAGAGGAAGAGCAGAGGGAAGGAGAAUGGCGGACUAUGUGGGAAUGGAACUGUUACUGCGAAGCAGUUGUACGAUACGUGUGUUUUUAAUAAUAAUACUAAAGGUGAGGGCGGCUGCUGCAGUGCGGUGUCCAGCAACGGCGCUGUGAAGUGCAAGGGCAGCAGUCGCUGGAUGGGCCGCUGCCUGCUGCGGGAGGCGCGGGAGAAGGCGCACCAGCUCAGCAAAGAGAAGACUGACAAGAAGGACGUGGCUGGUUAUCUUAACUUGAUGGCUAAUUCCAUUGACAACUUUACUCACGGGCUGGCUGUUGGAGGAUCUUUCUUAGUGGGCUUUAGAGUUGGUUUGCUGACGACCUUUGCUAUACUAGUGCAUGAAAUUCCACACGAAGUUGGCGACUUCGCGAUACUAUUGAAGAGUGGUUUCUCUCGCUGGGAGGCAGCUAAAGCACAACUGGCCACAGCAUCAGCAGGUCUGAUCGGAGCAAUGACAGCUGUUGUCUUCAGCGGAGCUAGAAAUGCUAUAGAGGCAAAGACAUCUUGGAUAGCUCCAUUCACCGCAGGAGGGUUUCUGCACAUAGCCCUGGUCACCGUGCUGCCUGACCUGCUGCGAGAGGAUGACAAGAAGGAGUCUGCUAAGCAUCUAGCAGCUCUGCUCGCUGGCAUCGCUGUCAUGGCUUUCAUGACUAAGUACUUCGGAUAGACCAGUAGACCAGUAGACCAGUAGGCUGGAAACUGUGACUUAAGUGUAAAUGAAGUGUUUAAAAAGUAAUUAGUGUUUGUGAAGUGUUAAGUGAAAUAUCCAGUUAUAAGUAAAAAAAAAA